UUGGGUUAAUCCCUGUUCUCUCGAAAGCCCGAGUGGCUAUUUUGCACCGAUUGGCAGAUUAGGCUUCGACAUCGACAUCACACUCUUGUUCUUGGCCAGGGCCAAGAUUCCACUCCUAUCAUGAGUCCUAUAUUGGCGAAUCGACAAGCCGAAGAGCUGCAUAAAUCAAUAAUAGCAUACCUAUCCGCCAAUGAUUUGCCUAAUGCUGCAGCUGCACUCAGGGCAGAGCUAAAGCUGUCCGAAGAGGCCUUCGACUCCGCUACAAUGAAAAAAUAUGAAACAUUACUGGAGAAGAAGUGGACUAGUAUUGCUCGUUUACAAAGAAAGAUAAUGGACCUCGAGUCACACAAUGCGGCAUUACAGUCUGAACUCGACAACGCAUCGCUUACCACGGCCUCCAAGCGCAAUAAAGAUCCAGCUUCUUGGCUUCCUACACUACCCGCUCGCUAUACGCUCGAAUCACACCGCAGCACAAUAAACUGUCUUGCUUUUCAUCCAAAAUUUUCCUCUAUUGCCUCCGGUUCUGACGAUUGCAUGAUCAAAGUAUGGGACUGGGAACUUGGAGAAUUAGAAAGGACUCUAAAAGGUCACACGAGAGCAGUUCUGGAUGUGGACUACGGCGGGGCACAGGGUAGCAUUAUAUUAGCAUCUUGCAGCUCCGAUCUGUCCAUUAAGCUUUGGGACCCGGCAGACGGUUAUAAAAAUAUUCGCACCUUGGUCGGCCAUGACCACAGCAUCAGCGCUGUUCGUUUUAUACCUGGUGGAAAUUUGCUUGCUAGCGCAAGCAGAGACAAAGAUCUCAGGAUAUGGGAUUCAACUACUGGGUUUUGCGUUAAGGCUAUACAAGGCCACAGUGCCUGGGUGCGAGACGUUUGUCCAUCGUUUGAUGGAAAUUUUCUCCUUUCUACUGGUGAUGAUAUGAGCGCUCGGCUAUGGGAUAUCUCCAAUUUGAUGAACCCAGACAGCAAGUUGACCAUGGUGGGACAUGAUCACGUUAUUGAAUGUUGCGCAAUUGCUCCUGCUACCACGUACCAGUAUCUUGCUCAGAUGGCUGGACUAAAGAAAAACUCGACCACACGAAACGCAGUCGAAUUCAUGGCGACUGGAUCCCGAGACAAAACUAUAAAGGUUUGGGAUGCUCGCGGAACUUGCCUCAUGACAUUAGUAGGGCAUGAUAAUUGGGUCCGGGCGAUUCUUUUUCACCCUGGAGGCAAAUAUCUUCUCUCCGUGUCAGAUGACAGAACGCUGCGGUGUUGGGACUUGAGCCAGGAUGGCAAAUGCGUAAAAACACUCAGCGACGCCCAUGGCCGCUUUAUCACCUGUCUGAAGUGGGCUCCAGGAAUCGUGAAGGACGCACAACCUGCUGCUGAUGGACAGGCUGCAGAAAGCAACGGUACUCUGGCAAGCAAAACAGCAGGCGAUAACGCCGCUAAUGUGCAAAUUCGCUGUGUAAUCGCUACAGGAAGCGUGGACGAGACGAUGAAAAUUUUUGCAAGCUGAGAUCCCUAUAUUCGGUCGAUCCUACACCAGCCGGGGAGAAUUGCAGACCCCUCAUACUAUCGGUGCGAUAGAGACGCCAAGUCUUUUUUGAAUACUCACGAUAUGGUGAACCUUUGCACACUAGCACGGUUCACUUGAGCUUUCUUGCCUAAAAGAGUUUUGGCUUGGAAAUUAUUUGGCCCUGGUGUAUCCACGCCUUUGUUAAUACCACUCUCUCCGCGUCUUAAGCCCCAUCUUGUGAUAGGCAGCAAGAAAUUCUCAAGCCCUUCAUAUCCUUCAAAAUCCUACUGAGGGGGGUUUUUAGGACAUAGACUUAGGUCAGGCCAUGCUGCGUUGAUAUUCUUUCUCAAGAUAUCAGUAUAUGAAUUCA